AUCAAAAAUUCGAAAAUCGUCUUGUGGAACUAAUGUCAGAUGGGUGUCUAGUAGUCCAUACUCAUAAUGAUAUACGAAGGAUAUUUGAUAAAGUGGAAUUUGAAAAUAUUCUAGUGAGAGAAAUGGAUCUACUUGUCUUUCUCCCUUUUAAUCGAAGUUUAGAGUGCUGAUUUCAUGCGCUUGAGUGAAGUGAGAGAUUUUUUGAGUCUUGCAUGAUAUCGUUUAAUAAAUUAGAAGUAAUAGCCAAAUGAGCAGAGAAAAACGACAAGGCUAAAAGAUCAUAGAGACUGAUUUCGUAGACUUUUUAUUUAUCUUUAACUAGUGCUACUAUAUAUUGUUUCAUUAUUUCUUAGACCGUUUCCUGAUAAAAUAAAAUCGAAUAGAAGAAAAUGGGUGUUCGAUAUCGUUAUAGACGUCAAGAGGCAGAUGAUAAUAAAUCCGAUGCUGAUUCAAAUGGUGCGUAUUAUGAUGAUGAGUCUACAGCCGUAUCCGAUUCAACGCCACUUUCCACAACAUUCUCAUUAUCAACAGAAAAUUCCUUUGAUAAAGCAAAACAGCAUGCGGAAGAAGCAUUGAAAUUAGCAAAAAAAUUACCAAGUAUGUACGGUUACUGA